GGAAGUGACCAGUGACUAAGAACAGUUUCCACGUUAGCGUUUUUUAUUGUUGUUAUUUAGACAUUUACUAUUACCCUGGAACUCAAAAUAUGACUCAUUUAACUGCACAACAUCAUAUACUUACUCCAGGUAGUAUUUAAUUCGCGUUGGAGACAGAACUUAGUUGAUAGAUGUUAUCUGGUUAACGUUUGCUAACAAUGGCUAACUGUAACAGUAACGUUAUGGUUUUUCACACUCAAAUAGCCUCCAUCAUGGAGGUGUUAGCGAAUUCAGCCGUGGCAGAUAUAUGUAAACUCGUAGACGACGACUAUGCAGUGUUUCGUUUGGAAAUAACUCAAAGCCAGAAAGAAAAUAGGACAUUGCGGAGGAAACUACAGCUACUGGAACUGAAGGUGGCACGGGAGCGCGCAGAGAGGACAACGCGAGAGCGCGUCCUCGCCAGUCCGAAUAGUGUCAAGGUCCUCGACCGAUACAGAGGAAUGGCAAGAGGCGAAGGACAUCUCACUGGAGGCCACAGGAGCUUUGUGAAGCCAGCAGAACACAACUUGUGGAGAGAUGACCAACCCAUAGCUAUAGAUGAGGGGAGUGGAACCUCAAACCAGCAUGUUAUCGUGAUAGAGUCUGCAGAUGCAGAGGCUGCAGGUCCUGGAGGAUCGUCUCUGGUCAAGCAGAAGAGGACUGAAGGAGAGGAGGACCCACGACACUGCAGAGACAUCCAGACUGGAGCAGCGGCGGGAGUGGCGCCCCCUGUAGCCACGGAGGACAUCGCCACAGCGCCGCAGCCCAGGACCCAACGCUGCAUCACGGAGGUCAGUGGAACGCCGAACGCCGUCCUCAAGUCAGAGACAGACACAAAGACUUUAACUGUAACACGUAGGCUCUUACACACAGGGUCUGACCCAGAGAGACUAGAGCUGGAGCAUCUGCGCUGUCCUCCUGCUCCCAGCUCAGAGUAUUUACUUUACGGUAACCCGAGCCCUAGGAGGGUUCAUUCCCAUCGGGACUCAGGUGACGUGUUAGAGUCUGGCAAUGAUCCGUUUUGUUCUUACGCUACAGAGAUGGAGCCUGGCAACAUGCCCUUGGGUUUGGAGACACAGAGUGAUCUGUCUAGAGUGGACGGGAUCCGGUAUAGUAGUAGUGCAUAUUCUGAAGGGUUCCUAGAUAAGAAAGGGGAGGGUUUGGUCGUAAAUGAGGUGACUGUGAAAGUGGAGGACGACACUCCUCUGAUAUGGAAUAUAGACGAGACUCACUUAGGAGAAGGACACUCACAGGGCAGAGAUUUCUUAGUUUACAGGGACAGUUUAGAGAAAAAUGUAAAUGUUGCCACCCAGUCCCAUUUACACAGGCUCAGGGAUCGGGACCCAUUGUCCAUGUCGAUGGAGACUUCCAAUUCACACAGCCGUGUCCUUUUCGAUCAGUUAUUGAACUCAAAGGACCAAAGGGCCAAGGCUCGAGGAGGGGGAGCAACAUCAGGUGAUAGUAAAGAAAAAUGGUUAUUCUGCAUGUUCUGUAACAAAGGCUUCAGCUGCCCCCAGAAGGUGGAGGUCCACCAGAGAGUCCACACAGGGGUGAAAUCCUUCAGCUGUACCCAGUGUCACAUGCACUUCGCCCAGGCUAGCAGCCUAAAGAGGCACCAAAGGGUCCAUACAGGGGUGAAACCAUUCAGCUGUAACCAGUGUCAGAUGCGCUUCGCCCAGACUGGUGACCUGAAGAGGCACCAGAGGGUCCACACAGGAGAGAAGCCCUACAGCUGCCCCCAGUGUGAGAAGAGAUUCUCCCACCAGCACCAUCUGAAGAUGCACCUGAAGGUCCACACGGGAGAGAGGCCAUUCAGAGAGUAACUAACUAAGGAUACACCAGCAGAAAAAACACUCCACUAUAACAUAGAAAGUAACCAUUCCACUCGAUAGCUUCUGACUUUUACAUCAAACCCUGUAUUAGACAACGAUACAUUUUCAAUGUUGUCAACAGAAAAGAUCCACAAAUGCAUUUUGAAUAACGAGAGUAACAGAUUUCAGUGUAGAAUAUUCCUGGGUAAAAUAUUGCAUCCAAACAUUGAACACUAAAAAGUCUGUUGCAUAUUGUGUUUGUACUGUGUAGGCAAGGGAUUCUCAACUGGGUGGUCACACAAAUAUCUAGUGGUAAAGCGAAUCCUGGAGAGAGUACCGAGUGCAACGUGGAACCACUGCUUCCUACACAGGGAGGCAUUGGUGCCUGAACUCCACGCCACUCUUCAGGAUGUGAUCAAGUGUGUCAACAAUAUCAAAAAUAAAAGGUGUUUCCAGGCCUUCUGUAGGGAUAUGGGGAGCGAGCAACAGCAGGUGCUUUAUCAUGCAGAGGUCCGCUGGCUUCCAGUGGUAAAGUGUUGGGUCGCUUUUAUGAGCUUCAAGCCGAGAUUGCUGCGUCUCUUUAGGAAAACAAGUAAUCUCUGUACAAACAUUUCGAUUGUAAGGAAUGGAGAGAACAAGAGAGAGAACAAGAGAUAAGACGACUAGUUACGGUACCCCUUUCGGGAGGAGAUGGGAAGUGUCACGUUUCCAAGCAACAAAGAGGUCCAGCUGGUGGACUGUCAUUUGACUGCGGACUGAGUAUGGGCAUCCCGGAAAUGACACUGCCACAGUUCUGGUGCAGCUUAAUGGGAGAGUAUCCUGCUCUCGCCUGUCAUGCAAUCAGAAUCAUGCUACCGUUCAGCACUACCUAUCUGUGUGAAAGUGGCUUCUCUGCUAUGGCCAAGCUGAAAACUAAAAGCAGAAACUGGCAAUUUUUUAAACAUUUAAAAAAAAACAUUUAUCCUUUAUUUAACUAGGCAAGUCAGUUAAGAACAAAUUCUUAUUUACAAUGACGGCCUACCCCGGACGACGCUGGGCCAAUUGUGUGCCGCCCGUUGGGACUCCCAAUCACAGCCUGGACAGCCAGCAUGACCUCCGAGUUGCCCUGUCAACCAGCUUUCCCACACACCCACGCACGCACACACACAAUAAAUAAACAGGUUAAUGAGUUAUUGUUCACUAGGUUAAUUAUUGUUGUUAAUUCAUUCUGACAUUCAUAUUACAUGUUAUUGAACUGGUUAAAAAGUAUACCUUUAAACAAACUUUAAGGUUGUGAAACUAUUCACAUGGUAAUUGAUGAUUAAGAAUUCCUAAUGAUUGCUGUUUUUUCUAUUUUAAAAACUGGUAUGUGUUACUGUUCAUUAACAUUAUUGGACUGGUUUUGAUGUCAUGUUCUGAGUCGGAUAAUGUAUUACACCACACUCCUGAACUGGUCUCCUAAUUAAAAUGGCUUAUUCUCUUGAAUUUACAAUAAAUAUUUUCUCAGUUAAUAUGGCUGUGUAAUUACUUUCUUUAAUACCAUAGUAGUAGCCCGUUGAGACAGUCUAUUUUGCAAGUGAAGCCUGCCCAAGAAGGCAGCUGCAAUACAACAUUACAGAAUGUAAUCAUCAACAGUCCAUAAUAUUGGGUCGAGACUCAAUUGUCAUUGUAAAAUUUUGGUCCCCAGGCAAAACCAGUUGAGAACCACUGGUGUAGGCUAUAAUGAAAUAGGCAUUUGUGAACAUCAUACUUUCAUUCCACUACAGAUUUUUUUCUGUAGAGACACUUUUAAUGAGAAAAUGUAUGCAGUUUAUCAAGUUUAUUCAGAUUUUUAGUUGAGACAUGUAUGUGUGGUUUUCAUAUGGUGUAUUUAAAACUUGUUCACAUUUAAUAAACACAAAAUUUGACUUUUCAUUUUAA